AAUUUUUGUUCAAUUUUAUCUUUUUUUUUUUUUGGGUCUGCCUCUUCUUGUGGGAUUGUCAGUUGCCUCUUCGGAUUAGAUAAAAUUAUCUCAUAUUAGCGGUGCUGAAACUAUUUUUUUGAAAAGAAAAGAUGAUGUGGGACGAGUGGGGCAAUGAUUUUGGACAAGAAUAUGAGGAAGAACAGCAGCAGCAGCAAGAAGAAGAUGAUUCUUAUCUUAAAUUUGAUUUCUUGUCAGUGUUGUCUAAACCCAAGGAUUACUAUAGAAUACUGGAAGUGGAUUAUGAUGCCACGGAGGAGGUCAUUCGAUCCAAUUUUAUCCGUCUUGCGUUGAAAUGGCAUCCGGAUAAGCAAAAAGAUCAGGAUAGUUCUACCUCAAAGUUUCAGGAAAUAAAUGAGGCGUACCAAGUUCUGAGUGAUCCUGUGAAACGACAAGAAUAUGACAACAAAGGGAUGCUACGAGCCUAUGAUUACAAUAUCGUCGAAUACCUUAAUCGCUACAAGGGUCUUAUUCUAACGUGUAACGGUCUUGGUAUGAAGCACUCAAUAUGGUAAAAAACGAAGACACACCCUCUCGUUGUAGUAUAUCUUGCGAUCCUACUGGCACCACCACAUAUUACAGGAGUUGGAAUGCACAAAAGCUGGAUCUGUAGUUGACAUCAAUUAGGCUAUUGUACUAUCUUUGCACAUGUACUGCCCUAUUCACAAACCUCAUUUUAGAGUACUGUUUAUAAGAAACCUUGUUUCUUCUAUUCUAUCCUCUUCUCUUUUUGGGAGGUGUAUCGACUGAAGAACUGGUGGCUCUCGUUCACAUAGAUUUCUUUCGAGAAUAUCCAUGGAUUUUUAUGUUGAUCUUAAAUCAUGGUUGAGAAUGAAAUGCGGUUGUGGUUGUGCACACAUUUUCUAUCAAA